CCCGCGUCGGCGAACAACGCUGAAGUCGACGAUCUGGCUGAAUUGCUAUGCUUAGUUGCCGAGUCCAUCAGGUGAUUCAUGACCAACCGUAUCUUGCUAUCAUGUUCGAGUUGAAGAUGACCAUGAAGAUGUGCGCGUGUGAACAUCUACGAGGAUGAACAUCUACGCGGAUAAGCUUGUUCUUGCACGAGUAACUAACAAACUUCUCUAAUUAUAUUGUCAUGAUCUUCAUGAAGACGAUGAAGGUCAACAGGUUCAUGAAGACGACGAUCACAAGGCGAAGACGAGAAGCUUGUCCUGGGCCUGGUGUAGAUGUAGGUGUGGAGUCGGUGUCCUUGUCAGGGGUCCGCGUCCCCUUAAGAAUCGAUGCGACAGCAUGGGUAUUUGAUAAGAAGCGUCGCCUUUUUCCCUUAUUGAAGCCUCUGAAGCGGUCGGCUUUCGACCUUUGGAAUUGGUAGCGCCUGAGCCUCCUACUCUAAUUCAUUCCUGUGCUUGUCCUGGGCCUGGUGUGGAAGGAAUUUGAUCUUAAUUCCUGCAGCUUCUGGUAGAAGGGAUCUGGCGGGAGACAUUAUUACCGAAGUCAUGGAGAUUGAUGAGCAUAUUCUUCACAUGAGUGCUCAUUACGAAGUUGAUCUUGUUGUUGAUGCAGUUUUUUCGUGGAGGAGAAUGCAUGACAAGAAUCUCAAUCUUAUCAAGAUAAUGAUCUUAGAUUAAGGUAAUCUAGCAUGCAAUCGAAUAUUCAUCAAGUGGUAGAAAAGUUUUCUGAUUGCCCCCCUCAUUACAUUCAAUGUAAUUCACAAAUACUUCUAGUUUCUCGUUCUAGCCCCAGUAAUUUGUUCCAUGAUGUACUAACCUAUGUAUACCGAGUAGUAAGUUCGUUGUUAUUUUCCUUCUCAUUAAUUUGGAUUUCACUUUCACAUUUACUACGUCUUAUAUUUUUUGCAAAGAUUAAUUUAUCCUGCAGAACAAGCUGCGGUAACCUCAAUUCGUUGUAUUUUCGUUGGUGUAGACGCGGAAACUUGUAGAACUACCUAGAAGAUUGUUGUACUUGUCAGAAUGGAAGCUAGAGGAAUUAGUAUUGUGCUUGUCCCUCACCCUUCCUGUUCCCCGUCCCCGUGCAGUGUUUUUUUUUUCCAGACUGCUUGUUUUUUUCGUAUUUUCCUCAACAUGACAAAGGUUAAAUGGUAUUAAGUUUGUCUUUGUUCUUCUUUGAAAUUAGAUUUAGAAAAUGCCGUCCACCACAUGUGCAGAAUUAAUAGAGAUGUUGGUAGG